AUGGAUCAGAUCUAUGUGGCGAUAGAUAAAAAAUACCGAAUCACAGGUGUGUACUCUCAAUUAACAAAUCCGGGAUUAUUGGCAUCGUGGUACCAGAAUGGAACUGGGACUAUAAUGUUUAUUGACGCAGAUGGAGAGGAGAUCUACAGUAAUCUCACCGAUGCGGAAAAAGGUCUUUCCCACUCGUUAAUAGAUGUAUCAGUUACUUCAGUUAUAUUGAGCUUAGAUUAUGAUUAUAAUGAUGGUCUCCUUUUCUGGACGGAAUUUUCUACCAGCGGCAUUUACAAAGCUUUUCAUGAAUCGGGACACUAUACAGUCACUCCGAUAUACAAUGGGACGACGACUGUUAACAUAGGUCUGGCAGUUGACUGGGUUUCCAAGAACAUAUAUUGGACAGAUUCUGCAUAUAAUUGGAUUAUGGUGUCCGACUACAACGGUUUAUAUGUACAUCCUCUGAUUAUCACUGAUAUGGACCACCCAACGGGAAUAGUCGUUGAUCCUUCUGCAGGGGUAGUAUACUGGUCAGAUAUAGGAACAAAUGCGAAGAUUGAAAUAGCUUCAUUGAAUGGCGAACAUAGGCGGGUACUGGUUAGUGCCGAGGAUAGUUCGUCUGAUAUUAUAGAAACUCCAAUAGAUUUAACAAUUGACUAUGAAAUUAAUCGAUUAUUCUGGAUAGAUGCAGGCACCGACAAGAUUAUGUCGAUUGAUCUGAUUUUCAACACUGUGAGAGAGGAAGUGAUUGGAAUCCCCUUCAACCAACCGAUUGGCAUCACACUGGAUGCGAAUUUUUAUUUUGUUAGUGACGUCAUCGAAAAAAUAUUUGUUAUUUCUCGAACAAAUACAGAUGAUUUCGGGGUCAUUAAUGCUGGGGGGACACGCUUUUUGGGCAUCGUUUAUUUUUCUUCGCAAGCAUCAAUAAAUAAUAACCACCUGGUUCCAGGUCAUCGACUGAUAUUUUCUACUUUGAACAACACUGUAUGCAGCUUGCCUGUUAACUUUGGUCAUUCUGGUGAGCCUGCUGUUGAAUGGUGUUUUAUGGAUAGCAUUGCGUUGACUUCGAUGGACUAUAUCUAUAAUCAGGAUAUGAUGUAUGGCUAUGAUGCACUAAGUCAGUCUAUUGUGAAGACACAGCUACGAGAUAAUGCUGUCCCUAACACUGUUUUAUCUGUAACUUAUGUACAAGGAAUUAGCAUCGAUUGGUUGACCAAUAACUUAUACUUCAGUGACUCUAAUAGGAAAGCCAUAUAUGUGUGUACAAUUGAUGGGGAUUUCGUUACUGCUAUUGUUACUGAAUAUGUUGACCAGCCAAGCGAAAUUAUUGUACAUCCAGAAAAAAGAUAUUUGUUUUGGGGUGAUAUUGGUGAAGGAUCUAGAAUAGAAAGAUCCAGUUUAUCAGGUCGUCAACGGAGAAACCUAACAAAUAGCAACAUGUACAACCCAUCUACAUUGACAAUUGAUUUAAACAAAGAUAGAUUAUAUUGGAUUGACACUUCGCAUAUGUAUGUCAUGGACUUGGAUGGCAAUGGACUGACAAGAAUAACAAAUGAGGGUGGCGAAACUUUUUUUGGUGUUGCCAUCUUUCAGGACCAGUUGUACUGGACAAUACCAUCAACUAGGUGUAUAGGACAGUAUGAUCUUAGCAAUGUUGUUCAAGCUGAGUUUGCGCAACUACCUGUGGCACCUCAAGUUAUUAUGGCGUAUGACAAAACAAAGCAACAAUUGUCUUCGGGAUCAUGUGAUGUAGCAAAUGGAGGAUGUGAUGAAAUUUGCAUCCCAACUGACGCUGGUCCAGAGUGUCUUUGUAGCCUGCCAUUAAGUUCAACAUGUAUAUCAGAUGUGUACAUGGAUCAUUUUAUGCUGGUAGCUGAUGCGACUAUGGGAACAAUUUUCCACUUGACUUUACUUUCCGAUCAAUUCCACAAUGUGCCGCUGCCCAUCCCAGGUCUCUCCAGACCAAUUGCUAUCGACUUUGAUCCGGUUGAACUUAAAUUGUAUUGGACUGAUAUUAGUUUACGUACAAUAAGCAGAGCCUCACUAGAUGGCAGUGGAAUGGAAAUCAUUUGUUCGGAAGGAGUGAAAAUACCCGCUGGCAUAGCUUUGGACAUCGCCAACCAUCAUGUAUAUUGGACAGAUGCUGGUACAGAUCGCAUAUAUCGAGCUAAUAUGGAUGGUUCAUCACAAAUAUCGAUUAUAAAAGAAGGCUUGGACGACCCCAGGGGAAUUGUUUUGGAUGAGAUUAACAGUUUCAUGUAUUGGUCGGACGUAGGAGAUGUACCUAAAAUUGAACAAGCUAACUUGGAUGGAAGUGGAAGACAUACUUUGGUUGAUACAGACAUUGUGUGGCCAAAUGGAUUGGCACUUGAUUAUAACAAUAGUAAACUCUACUGGUGCGAUGCAAGAACUAAUAAAAUAGAAUACUAUAAUUUGAACUAUGGAAUUCGACACUCUUUGAUUCAACUUGAGGGCAAAACUCAUCCGUUCAGCAUUGCUGUCGAUGAAGAUUACAUUUAUUGGACAGACCGUGCGGACAGUCAUCUACAGAGAGCAGAUAAAGAAACUGGAUUGAAUAUUAUCAGUCGCAGUUCGGAAAUAUUCAAGGAAGCCAUGGACUUGUAUCUGGGCAUUUUGUCCAGCGGAACCCUAACAACAAAAGAGACCCCUCGUACGACAAUCCAUCCAACCACCCGUAUGUCAGCCCCUACAACACCUGGUUCAAAACCGAAUACAAAAACAACAAAUACAUUGAAAACAUCACGUUCGACGAUUCCACCAAAAACAACGACUGCUGCUGAUGGUGAAAGUUCACAAAAAGUACAACAAAUAGUAAUUAUCAGUAGCAGUGUCACAGUGUUUCUCAUCUUGAUAAUCAUCGUGGUUGUAUUAUUCGCAUGUUAUCUAAAGAGCCGGGGAUCUUCCUUACAUAGAUCUGUUCCGCAACACCAGACCCACGUUUCAGCUAACGUAUAUGGUGAGCAGAACGUAUUGUAUAAUCCAGACAAUAUGAUGGUUGAAUUCGAAAAUCCAUCAGCGCCACCUGCACUUCACGUGGAUGCGUGUACAAGUGAACAAAACCUUCACGAGCAUUUUUACAUGUCGCUGUUAGGUAGUGAGAGACCAGAAUCUGGAUUAUACGAUACUUUGACAGAAGAAGAUAUUUGA